AGUAGCGUGAGACUCCAAGUGUGGUGGAGGAACAGUAGAAAAAAAAAAAAAAGGAGAAGAGAGCCACAACGCGUGGCCAUUUCAAUAGAAUGCCACCCCACCUUCAACCCUUCCACCGCUCCUUCGCCGCCGCUUAAAUUUUUCUCAAAACCGCCAAUACCCGCGGACCCCAAUUUACAGGAAAGGGUGUUUAGCGUGAAGAAAGAGAAUGGUUUCGCUGUCGAUUCCUUCGCCUGCUAAAUCCUCGUCGUUUUUGUCGUCCUCUUCGUCUUCUCUCUUCGCUCGUUGCUCUCUUAGCCACAAGGGAUUCGCUUUCAAUGAGCCUCGUUCUCGUAUCUGUGCUGCUAACAGCUUUAAAUGCGAACUGCCUCAACCUUUGAAUUAUGGGAAUGGGAAGCCAACCAUUCCAAUCCUUAAUGAAAGGACACUGCCCAAGUUCUUGGAAUCUGCUCGAAUGGAAACGGCUGUAAACAGAAAUGGCGCCAAGCUCAAACUGUUUUCUGGCACGGCCAAUCCUGCACUUUCUCAGGAAAUUGCUUGGUACAUGGGCCUGGAGCUGGGAAAGAUCAAUAUAAAACGAUUUGCAGAUGGGGAAAUUUAUGUUCAGCUGCAAGAGAGUGUUAGGGGAUGUGAUGUAUAUUUAGUGCAACCAACAUGCCCUCCUGCAAAUGAGAAUCUCAUGGAGCUUCUCAUAAUGGUGGAUGCUUGUCGGAGAGCAUCGGCCAAAACUAUCACUGCAGUGAUUCCGUAUUUUGGAUAUGCAAGAGCUGAUAGAAAGACGCAAGGGCGGGAAUCCAUUGCAGCCAAACUUGUUGCAAAUCUUAUCACAGAAGCUGGUGCAAACCGUGUUCUUGCUUGUGACCUUCAUUCUGGACAGUCCAUGGGUUACUUUGAUAUUCCAGUGGACCAUGUAUACUGCCAGCCUGUGAUUCUUGAUUACCUUGCCAGCAAGAGAAUCUGUUCUGAUGACUUGGUAGUGGUUUCACCUGAUGUUGGUGGAGUUGCAAGAGCACGAGCUUUUGCAAAGAAGCUCUCAGAUGCACCUUUAGCCAUUGUGGAUAAAAGGCGUCAUGGACACAAUGUUGCAGAGGUAAUGAACCUUAUUGGUGACGUAAAAGGAAAAGUUGCAGUUAUGGUGGAUGAUAUGAUUGACACUGCUGGAACGAUUGCAAAGGGGGCAGCACUUUUACACCAAGAGGGGGCAAGGGAAGUUUAUGCGUGCUGCACUCAUGCAGUUUUCAGCCCUCCUGCAAUAGAGAGGUUAUCAGGUGGCCUUUUUCAAGAAGUAAUCAUUACAAAUACACUUCCAGUGGCAGAGAAGAACUACUUCCCUCAGUUGACAGUUCUUUCUGUGGCAAACCUGUUGGGUGAAACCAUUUGGCGUGUUCAUGAUGAUUGUUCCGUGAGUAGUAUUUUCCAGUGAAAUCAGAUAGGAACUCUCAAAGGUGUCAUCUCCUUCAAAUUCAUGCCUUUUGCAACCUAAUGCCUCGGCUCCAGUGGUAAAAGUGGGUGUCGUCAGAUAGGAAUAGGUCUUAGAUUCCAAUCUUCCUUGAGUCCAAGGGGGAUGGAGAAUCAACACAUGGGUCUCAGAUCUCGUUGCUGCUUGCUCUUUGCAUUAUUUAGUUAAACCUUACUUUCAUAUGUCUGGCCAAAUUGCCUGUCUUUGUUAGUAUUCUUUAUCAAAUGGAUAUCUUUUGUCCUUGCUUCCAGCCUAAGUUAUCUUAAUACUUCUUCCAAUUACCUCACAACAUCAUCAUAACUUGAAUCCCUGUCUCAAAACCAAACUCAACAAUACUGCAAACUGGCUGGUUCAAAACUUACAAUACAGCUGUCUGGUACUUUUCUGCAGGAUUUGUUUCUCUUUGGGGCAGAUUUAUCUGACAACUUCAAGAUUAUAUCCAAAGUUUUCUUUUCCAGCCUACAUGUCUGAAUCCUUGUCAGACCAGUUUGAACAGCACCAGAAUCAUGUAAAUUCAUUCUUGUUGAUUGGAUGGCUGUCUAUUUUCCCUUUUGUUUUUUGUUUAGACUGUACAUGUAUUUCCUCCAACUUAAAUCCAGAACAGAGUUUCUCUU